GCCUGCGUUACUAAUUUAGCAUUUGCGUUUGCGUGGUUGUUUAUGUUGUCUUUUGUUCACGAAAUUGUUGAUCAACUUUCUCUGCCCUAAAUUUUAAACAAAGCUCCCCGCCUUAGCAAAACAAAAGGGUUAAAAUAUGCAUUGAAGUAUAGACUUGAAGUUGAUCUACAAGUGCGUCGAAUGCUGAUCAACCAAAAAUUUCCCCAACUGCGACUCAAUUGGCCCAUCUGUGCGACAUAAAUCUCCUUCGUUGGUUCAUCAAUGGAUAGCGAUGAGUUCGACUUUCUACUGCCUGAGUUGAUUAUGGAGUUCAACAACGUCCAGAUGCACCCAAGACGCAGAUUUCGUUUUGAACGUCCCAGAUUCGCAGAACGCAUGAUUCAGGAAGAGGUGGAAAGGGCUCGAGCUGCCGUCAGAGAAAACACUCUCAUCAAUGUUCCAUUCUGCAGUGGGACGGUCGGCACGCUGAAAAAUGAGCUUGUGGGUCUCAGAAAAACUGGCAAAACUGUGGCCACUUUGGAAAUGAUGAGUGCAAAUUUCAUACUGCAAAACCAGGCGUAUUUUUGCCAUGGCAGACAUUCUGUGGGCAAUCUUUCUCCCUCAAUGCAGCGGACUUUGGUGAAGGCAAUCCUGAACAGGUUCGGCGUCAGAGACUCGCCCGUCUACUUCGAUUUCCUGAGUUCCCUGCUGAAUUCCAACACUUGGAUGUUCAAUGAUUACCUAAUCUCUUACUCAAUGAACUAUUUGGCUAUCCAGAAUUUACUUUUGGACAACUGCUGCAAACUGCAGGAGCUAUAUUUGAAUGGCACUACGAGUGCUAACCUUAUUUAUCUUCGUAGAGACUUUCUGCCCAAUCUGCAAGUUUUGCACUGCCCUGGAUUCACUCUUGAUAACCGAGAUCUGGAAAUCCUUUCCGGACUCACUCAUUUGAGGGAUUUGAUGAUUGAAAUUGAGGCAAGUGUAGGUGAAUUGGGAGUCUCGCACUUCUCCAAACUGAAGGAGCUCGAGCAACUGAAAUACAGAGUCGUCCAGCCAUACUUGCAGAGGGGCAACGGAAUUGACGAGCGAAUCGCUGUGCUCUUUUUCAAGUACGUGCCACAGGCACACAUCAGUCUGAUGUGCGACGUCCAAUGCGGCAAAGUCUCGUACGCUCUCUGGACCUUUUUCCAGCACAAUCCAGUCCGGCCGAUGGGCCAGAAGUGCGUCCGGCUGGUGGACAUGGUCGACCAGCACCGUGACCUUGGCCGCCUCUUGCCCAAAAUUGAAAGUCUCUACAUCGCCAACAAGUUCCAAGAAUUCACUCCCGAAACCAUCGGACCACUGUUGCAUUUCCCCCAACUGUCCCAGCUCAGCUUUUCCAACACCUCUGUCCACCUGUGCCACUUGUUUUUCGAGGGCUACGGCCAGCAGUUGGUCGAGCUGUCUAUCAAGGAAUGUUUCACGCACACCGAGUGCACCAGUGAUAUGGACCUGAGUCUCCUCUUCGCUCACUGCCCCAACCUGCAGAAAGUCUCACUCUGCUGCAAUUUCUCCCAGGAGCUGAACCACCCCCUCCGACAGACCAGUUUUGACGCUCUCCACUGUAUCGAGCUGGUCAGUUACGGAGGCAGAGAACCCCCAAGCAGUAUUUGUGAGAUGGUGCUGAAGGGUAAGAGUCUGCAGAGCUUUUUGGUCACCGCCGAACUACUCAACCUGGUCAACGCUGUACCGGACGACUUUCGUUUCAACUUUCUCAACAUGGUGUCAUUCCGGGUAAGUGACUCCGGGGAAGAGGGCUCUGUGCAGGAUAUACAAAAUGGGCUGUUGAAAUUGGUGUUCCUGUCCCCCAAACUGGAAAAAUUGGCUGUUAACUUUGGUGAUCACUUUGCUGCGCGGCAGGCGUGCCUGCCCGUCAAGUAUGUCUGUCAGGGAGUUUUGAAAAUUGAAUUCCUGUAAGUCCUCGGAUACCUGUGCAUUAUAAAGAAAAUUAUCAAGUCUUAUUUACUUUGAAAUAGCAAUUUGAUGUUCUAUUUGUCAAUUUCAAUUGAUGGAAAAUAUAUAUGAUAUAAUAUUUCUGUUGCAAUGAAUAA